AUGUUAUUCCGCUGCCGUCUGCGGUCUUCAUUUUUGUCCCACGCCACCAUCCUUAGGAGCUCCCCUCGUCACACUCAGCUUCGCACUCUUCGUACGCUCCCGUUGUUCUCUCUGGAAGGGAAAACCUGCGUGGUAACAGGUUCAGCACGGGGCUUGGGCAAAGAAUUCCUCACGGCCUUUGCUCUCUCUGGCGCCCGAGGGGCUUGUAUCGACCUGUCCCAGAAAGAUGCAGAAUCCUCCAUCACAUCCAUUGCCUCGGAGGUGCAGUCCUCAUACCCCAGCUCUCCCGUCCCGGAGCUUCGUGCAUACGAAUGCAAUGCCACCGUCGAGUCAGACGUGAAGCGCACCUGGUCUCAGGUCGUCAGCGAUUUCGGAAAGGUUGAUGUUCUUGUCACCGCGGCGGGCAUUGUGGACAACGUCGAGGCCGAGAACUAUGAGUUUGCUCGUUGGCGGAAGAUGAUGGACGUCAACGUCGACGGGAGCUGGAUGUUUGCUCGUGAAGCGGGCAAGCAUAUGUUGCAACAUAACAUCCAGGGAUCCAUCAUUCUCAUCGCCAGCAUGUCUGCCACCAUCUGCGUCAGGCCACAGAAACAGGCUGCAUACAACGCCUCCAAAGGUGCAAUCCAGAUGCUUUCCAAGAGUCUGGCCACCGAGUGGGGGCCUCUAGGCAUCAGGGUCAAUAGCCUCAGCCCGGGCUACAUGAGAACGGACUUGAUCAAAGGAUUGCUUGAGAAUGAAGGGAAGGAUCUCGUCAACUCAUGGGAGAAAGACAUCCCGAUGGGAAGGAUGGCCGAGCCGCAUGAGCUGAGAGGAACCAUCGUCUGGAUGGCGAGCGAUGCAAGUUCAUACCUAAAUGGUUCUGAUAUUAUUGUUGAUGGCGGCUACACUAGUUGGUAA